AUGUCACGGGCUUUCGAGGUCCCUACCGGACAGGGCAAAAAUGUGUCGAUCAAGAUUUGCGAGCCCGAAUUACGAGCCCAAGGCUUGAGCUUGACGACGUGGACCAGCUCCUUUGUCCUAGCCAGACAGCUCCAUACGCUUGAUGUACAACCGUCUCACUCGACCUCGUUGCCAGUCCUGGAGCUGGGUGCUGGGACUGGACUUGUCGGACUGACAGCCGCGGCUGUGUGGAAGACACAUGUUUGUUCGACAGAUUUGGCGCCGUUGCUUCCUGGCAUCGCUGCAAACAUCGCCCUCAAUUUGGAUUGCACAGAGGGCCGCGUCGACUGUGGCUCACUUGACUGGGACUCACCGGAGCUGCUCAAACUGGAGAACGGAAGUACGCUCAACCCAGAUAACGACCCUGCCUCGGUGAUCUUGGCGGCGGAUACUAUCUAUAGCGAAGAACACCCCGAACUGCUAUCCAAGACGAUCCUGCGAUGGCUCGCUCCGGGACCGUCGGCCAGAGUCAUAAUAGCGUACCCAUUGCGCGUUGCAUACUUGGACUACCUUCGUGAAUUAUGGGAGCUCCUAGAGGCCGGAGGACUCGAGGCCUUUGAAGAAGGCAAAGAGCAGGCAGAUGUCAAGGAUUGGGACGACGAAUGUUUGAUCGAAUGGUGCGUUUGGAGAUGGAAAUAA